CAACGCUUAACGCUGGUAGUUAUAAAAUCGGUGUAAGGCAAAAUGUGUAAAUGUACAUACUCAUUAAAAUCUAACAUCACGUUUAAAUAUUGUAACAACUUUAAAUGGUGAUAGUUGAAUACUAAUAAAUAACAAGCGACAACAUUAAGUAUAUCAUAUACAUUUAAGCAAAAACAGAAUUGGGGAAGGCGCAACAUUUCUUUUCCUAACUGCAUACUGCGUUCAGGUUAGAGGAAAGAAUUUCUAACUUUGAAAUUCUUGUAAUCACGAAUGGUCCUGCUAAUAACGAUUUACAAAAGUCCAUGCAUGCUUUAUGGACAUAAAUAAAUAUGUUCCGUUACCAUUAUUCCGAGUAAAACUAAGAGCUUCAAAUCGAUCUUUCAAAGUUUAAGGAACUUUUAUGAAGCAGAAAUUCGUAUGAGAAUAUGAUUACGCUAAGAGGUAAAUUAAAAAAGAAUGCAGAUAUUUCAAACUCAAAAUCUAAAGACUACAAUAAGCGUGUCUCGGUGAGAGAUAAAUUGCUCGUUAAAGAGGUACAAGAGAUGGAGCAGACUCUUCCUAGUACUUGUCAAAUUACGUUUGAUGAUCCUCACCGGUUGCACGAAUUUACCCUUUUAAUUGUACCGGAUGAAGGGUAUUGGAUAGGUGGCAGUUUUUACUUCCACAUAAACAUAUCUGAAGAGUACAAUAUGAUUCCCCCGAAAGUAAAAUGCUUAACAAAACUUUGGCAUCCUAAUAUAAACGAAGAUGGUGACGUUUGUCUGUCCAUUUUAAAGCCUAAUAGCAUCGAUGGAAUGGGCUGGGCUCCUACUCGAAAACUUAAAGAUGUUGUAUGGGGUCUAAAUUCACUUUUCACGGAUUUAUUAAACUUUGACGAUCCCUUGAACAAGGAAGCAGCUGACUUAUACUUAAAAGAUAAGGAUUCAUUUAGAAGCAAGGUAAAGGAGUACGUCACACAGUUUGCUAAAAGAUGAUCACAGUUAUAGGAAACAUUAACGUGAUCGUAUUUGCAUGCAAAUCAAGAGGGUUUUGUAACCAUUUGAAAGCAUCGAACUGUAAAAGAAGCUCAUAUUUAUAAAGUUAAAUGAUUGCACGAUUUUUCUUAUCCUGCUCAUGGCCUAAGAAAAAAAAAACGUAUUACCUCGCAGAAAUCUUAGGUUGUGAGCAGAUUUUCAGAUAUUUUAUAUUUUAUAUUUUGUCGCUAGUCCCUGUACGAUUUAGUAAACUGCCAUACAUGUACUACAAAUAGUCUAUUUUGAAUUUCUUUUUGGGCAUUCAAUUAAUAACACUAUUUCCGUUCAAGAAUUAUACAAAUGUUAUCCUCUGUCUACUACAAUUGAGAUCUAAUAGCAAAAUACACUUAAGUAUAUCGUUGUCACAGACUAUUGUAAUGCAAAGGGAGAAACAAUUGUAAAUAAAAAUAAUAUUUAAUGAUAGAAAA